AUGGAGGGACCAUUGAACCCAGGGGCCCCGAAUGGCAAUGGCAGCAUACGCACUCCCAGUCCCUCACCGCCCUCGAUAGAUCCCCAGCUCAUUGUAGACCACCUGGAAAAGGUGCUCGAUGUCAGCCUGGGCGCCUCCAAGGAGGACCUGUAUGCCCCCGGCAGUCUGCUGUCGUCGGCCAAACUCCCGGAUACACUGCAACGAUGCGCCCGCUUCGCCUCCGAGGGGCAAUCGGUGCUGUAUGUAGUUAAGGACCGGGCAGAUGAGCCUCGUAUCGAUGGCUUGGAAAGCGCGAAUAGCAAGUUCCCCUCUACUGCGGAUGAUGGAGCAUCCACACUGACUGAAAAUGCAGGCGCCACCCAACAUUUUACCUACACCCUCUCGAGUGAGAUUACCGCUUCUCCCACUUGUGCCGCCUUUGUUGUUAUUUCCAAGCGACCGAUACCCAUAGACCCCGCGAUACCCCUUAGCCAGCAGGUCCUUAUUCAGACCCUGCCCGGCUUUAUACUUUCUAAUAAUGCUUCUUCGCCCGACGGCACGCCCUACGAAUUCCUUCGUUCGCUCAUACAGUCGGCCGUCGAGCCCUACUUUGACACGUACACAAAGAGUCAGCGUGACUUGGCGGGAAAAUACAGCAAGGGUGACAAUGAUGCGAGGACGGGUAUUUCAGCAACAAGGAAGAAGAUUGCAGAGUUGGCUGUGAGCUUGGGCAACCUUGAGCAGAAUGUCGAGAUUCCUGAACUGCUUCUGCCUCUGCAUCCACUUAUCCAGAGUGCUUUGGACGAGGCCAAUCAGCGCGGUGUGAAGCCCUCUCCAGAGCUUAUCCCCGCUGCCAUUGUGCAGGACAGCAGUUUUCUCAACGGAUUGCAGGCGACGGUCAAUGGAUGGAUUAAGUCGAUACAGACCAUUACAAAGACUUCUCGCGACGUGUCGACCGGAACAGCUGCGCAGGAGAUCAAUUUCUGGAUUUCCAUGGAGUCAAGGCUGCACGAUAUCGAGACGCAGCUUGGAAGCCCUGGUGUCAGGCUCACGCUGGACGUGUUGAAAAAUGCAAAGCGUUUCCAAGCAACUGUCAGUUUCAGCGCAGACACUGGUCUGAAGGAGAGUACGGAUCUUGUGCAAAAGUACAACCAGCUUAUGCGCGAAUUCCCGCUCGAUCAGCUACUGUCUUCAACUUCACUCCAGGCAGUUCAGGAAGCAAUUCAAUCCAUCUUCAGCCAUAUGAACAAGAAACUCCGCAUUUGCCCCUACCCUGUCCGUCGCGCCUUGCCCCUCGUAGAGGCGAUUUCUGGUGAUCUCGACAAACAAUUGCAUAAUCUGCUCCAUGGCAAGACGCUCAUGCACAUGGAUUACCCCGAAUUCCAGGCCAUCAUGGCGGUUGCUGAGAGCAUCUGGCGCACUUGGGAGGAGAAUGUCAAGGAGUUCACUAACGUUGCGCGUGAAGUGACGAGGCGAAGGAACGAGAAGUUUAUUCCCAUCAAGAUUGCUGCGCGACACAAGGAGACGGAGGAGCGCAUUCGUUACAUUACUACUUUCCGCAAGAACCAUGAGCAGCUCCAGCGAACCAUUGUCAAUGUCCUCGGAACCCAGUCGUCCUUGGCUGAGAGUGCACCAGCCAAGGAGGCGGUCAUUAUCGAAGAGAUUGGUGACGUGGAUGCUGUCAAGGAGGUCAAGGAAGCGUAUGACGUUCUGAAAGAUGUGGAUGUUCUGGACGUGUCACCCGAGGGCACACGACUGUUUGAGCAAGCAGAGCAAAAGUACAACGAGCGUACGUCGCGUGUUGAAAACUCUAUCAUUGCCAGGCUGAGAGACCGCCUCGGUACCGCCAAGACGGCGAGUGAGAUGUUCCGCGUCUUCUCCAAGUUCAACCCGCUGUUUGUGCGACCAAAGAUUCGGGGUGCUAUCUCCGAGUACCAAACGCAGCUUAUCGAGAAUGUCAAACAAGACAUCUUGGCCCUUCAUGAGCGCUUCAAGCGACAGUACGGCAACUCCGAAGCUCAUGCCAUGGCACAGCUUCGCGAUUUCCCUCCUGUAUCUGGUGCCGUCAUCUGGGCCCGUCAGAUUGAAACCCAACUGGAGACUUAUAUGGGAAAGGUCGAAGACAUCCUCGGCAAAGACUGGGCGCUCCAUGCGGAAGGUCAAAAGCUUCAAGCUGAAAGUAGUAUGUUCAAGAAGAAGCUCGACACCAGGCCCAUCUUUGAGUCGUGGCUCCAGGAGGUCGCGAGGAGAAAGCUGUCCAUCUCUGGACGACUUUUUCUUGUCAACAGAAAUCGUGCUGCUGGUAACAUCCUUGAGCUGAAUGUCAACUUUGAUGCGCAAGUCAUUGCGCUUUUCAAGGAGGUUCGCAACCUGACAUGGCGUGGUUAUCAGGUCCCACACGGCAUCAACAACAUCUCGAAGGAGGCGAAGCGUGUCUACCCUUACGCAGUCAGCCUUAUGGAGAGUGUCCGUACAUACACUCAGACUGUGCGUUCAAUCACCGAGAUGGGCAGUGUUGCUCUGCUCCUUAACAAUUAUGUAAACGAUGUUCAAGCACUUGUUGGCAAGGGUGUACCGCUCAAGUGGGAGUCAUUUGUUCAUGCCUAUGACCUCCAUGUUCGACAGUCUGGUUUCCCUGUUGGUGGUGGUAGCGUCCGCAGCGAGAGCAAGCACGUCCAGUUUGUUCGCGACUUCGCUGCAGCGACAUCCCUACUUCAGCUGAAGGUUGCCACUUUGGUAAACAUCAAUGCUGCAGUUGAGAAGGCAUUGAAGGAUCUGGAAACAUGCUCGUACACCAAGGAUGCGUUCCAACAAAACCUCGAAACCAUUCAAAAGUCUAUUGAUCAGCUUAACCUCGAGAAUUACGCCAACCUUGCUUCUUGGGUCUCGGACAUGAACGCCCGCAUCGAGUCUAUCUUACUAAUCCGACUCAGCAGGGCUAUUGCUUUGUGGAUUGAGAUCUUCAACAACAUUGAUGAAGAAAAUCAAGACCGCCGUCCAGUCAGCGAGCCUGCGUCUACCGAGAUCCCAGAGGUGAAGCCGACCUUGGCUCGGUUGACGCUCGAGAUUACCAUGCGGAAUCAGGUCAUCUACCUCAGCCCUCCUGUGGAGUACGCUCGAGCAAGUUGGCUUGAGCAGCUUCAGCAAUGGCUCGCCAUUGUUUGCACCCUCCAGAAGAUCAAGGCCUCGCGAUAUGAAAUCAGACUUGAAGCAACCAACGAUACUUCCGUCAAUCAAUUCUCCGACCUACCAAGCCGAUGUACCGACUCACUUAUUGAGGUUUAUGGUGCUGUGGAGGGAAAGCUCCGCGACAUUUCCUCUUACGUCGAUGAGUGGCUCCAGUUCCAAUCCCUAUGGGAUCUGCAGUCCGACCACGUCUAUGAUAUCCUUGGUGAGGAUCUUUCCCGAUGGUUGCAACUUCUCCAGGAGAUUCGCAAGACUCGUGCCACCUUCGACAACUCGGACAUCAGUCGCCAAUUUGGCUAUGUCACAGUCGACUACGAGCAAGUGCAGGUCAAGGUCAAUGCCAAGUAUGAUCAGUGGCAACAAGAGAUCCUUACCAAGUUUGCUAGCAGGCUCGGUCAGCGCAUGACUGACGUAUAUGUGCAAAUUGAGAAGGCUCGCAAGGACCUUGAGAUGCAGACACUCGAGGCGUCCUCAACUGCUCAGGCUGUCUCCUUCAUUACCACUGUUCAGCAGUGCAAGAGAAAGGUUAUGGAAUGGGAACCAGAGAUUUCUACGUUCCGUCAGGGUCAAGCCACGUUAGCUCGUCAGCGCUACCAAUUCCCAUCUGACUGGCUGCAGAUGGAGCAAAUCGACCACGAAUGGCAGACACUGAAUGAGGUCUUGGAGAGGAAAAACAAGAUCGCGAAUGACCAAGCUGACGCAUUGAAAGCUAAGAUCGCUGCGGAAGACAAGGUCGUCAACCAGAAGAUCAUUGAUAUCACAGGAGAGUGGGCUGAGGAGAAGCCUGUGGCUGGAAAUCUUGCACCUGCAGAUGCUUCAGCCAUUUUGGCUAAAUUCGAUCAGAAGCUCAGCCAACUUCAGAAUGAGUCUACUAAUAUCUCAAAAGCCAAGGAGGCUCUUAGCUUGCCACCUUCUCCAGAGAAUGCACUUGAGACUCUAUUGGAAGAAGUGCAAGAUUUCAAGUCGGUCUGGUCUGCACUUGGCACGAUCUGGGCCAGCAUUGAUGAUCUUCGUGAGGUCUUGUGGACUAGCAUCCAGCCUCGUAAACUGCGACAAAACCUCGACAACCUACUCAAGAUGACUAAAGAUAUGCCCAGCCGCAUGCGACAAUACCAGGCUUUCGAGUACGUUCAGACGACCCUCAAGCAGCUGCUCAAGGAGAACGCUAUCCUAGCAGAAUUGCGCUCCGACGCUGUGAAGGAACGCCACUGGACGAGGAUCUUCAAGAACCUGAGGCCGCACAAGCGAUACUCUGCUAUUUCCAUGACUCUCGGUGAUGUGUGGGAUCUCAAGCUUGGCCCUAGCGAGAAGAUUAUUCGCGAUGUCAUCACUCAAGCUGCAGGUGAAAUGGCGCUUGAAGAGUUCUUGAAGCAGGUCCGUGAGACCUGGCAAAACUACGCUUUGGAACUUGUCAACUACCAGAACAAGUGCCGUCUCAUCAGGGGUUGGGACGACUUGUUUGCGAAGUGCAGUGAGAACCUCAACUCCCUCCAGGCUAUGCGCCAUUCACCGUACUACAAAGAGUUUGAGGAAGAGGCGUCGUCUUGGGAAGACAAGCUCAACCGUGUGCACGUCCUUUUCGAUGUCUGGAUUGAUGUACAGCGUCAAUGGGUUUACCUUGAGGGCGUGUUCACAGGCAACGCUGAUAUCAAGCACCUUCUCCCCAUGGAAUCAGCUCGUUUCCAAAACAUCAACUCUGAGUUCUUGUCCGUUAUGAAGAAGGUUUCGCGCCAGCCCUUUGUACUCGAGGUUCUCAACAUCUCGGGAGUCCAAAAGUCGCUUGAGCGCCUCGCUGAGCUUCUUAACAAGAUCCAAAAGGCGCUUGGAGAGUACCUGGAGCGCGAGCGUGUUUCGUUCCCUCGCUUCUACUUUGUUGGUGACGAAGAUUUGCUGGAGAUUAUCGGUAACAGCAACGACGUUCUGCGCAUCGCUAAACACCUGCGGAAGAUGUUUGCUGGUAUCUCUGGACUUAUCACUGACGAGGAUGGCGUCAUUCAAGGGUUCACUUCUAAGGAGGGAGAGGAGGUCCAACUUCGCAAGGAAAUCUCGCUCGUCAAAACACCCAGGAUCAAUGAAUGGCUCGGUGCUCUCGAGGCCAACAUGAAGACCACUCUCGCCGAGCUUACAUAUGAGGCCUACGAAGAGUUUGCUCAACUCGCCGAGCCUGAUACAAUAGAUCCGGACGCUUUUACGGAGUACAUUUCCAAGUACCCUGCUCAAGUUGUCGUUCUGGGAACGCAGAUUGCCUGGACUCAUGCUGUGGAGAGGUCGCUCGCUGAAGAGGGGGCUACCUUGCCCAAGCUUUACGAGAAGCAAGUCAACGUUCUGAAGCUGCUCGCUACCGCUGUCUUGGGCGACCUUGAACCCAUUCAGCGCCGCAAGUGCGAGGAUCUUAUCACCGAGUUUGUCCAUCAGCGCGAUGUCAUUCAUAGGCUUGACAAGGUUGGCGCACGCUCACCAACGCAUCACAUGUGGCUACUUUGUAUGCGAUAUGUAUACGAGCCUGGCAAUGAUCUGCUCCAACGACUGAGGAUUAAGAUGGCAAACGCUGUUCUCGACUACGGUUUCGAAUACUUGGGUGUCGCUGAUCGCCUUGUGCGCACGCCUCUUACCGACCGCUGUUUCCUUACUCUUACUCAAGCGCUUUGUCAACGACUUGGUGGCUCUCCCUAUGGUCCAGCUGGUACCGGUAAGACUGAAUCAGUCAAGGCUCUUGGUGUGCAGCUUGGACGAUUUACUCUAGUCUUCUGCUGUGAUGACACAUUCGAUUUCCAGGCCAUGGGUCGUAUCUUCCUUGGUAUUUGCCAGGUUGGUGCUUGGGGAUGUUUCGACGAGUUCAACCGUCUGGAAGAGCGUAUUCUCUCAGCCGUGUCUCAACAAAUUCAGAACAUUCAACUCGGUCUCAAGAAGGGUGCCGAGGAUGAAAAGUCACAGAUUGAACUCAUUGGCCGCCAGCUGAAGGUCAAUGGUAACACUGGAGUUUUCAUUACCAUGAAUCCUGGCUAUGCGGGUCGUUCCAACUUGCCCGACAAUCUCAAGAAGCUUUUCCGAAGCGUUGCCAUGUCCAAGCCUGACAAGGAGCUUAUUGCUGAAGUUAUGCUGUACUCCCAGGGUUUCUCCCAAGCCAAGGAGCUGUCGAAACAAGUUGUACCAUUCUUCGACAGGUGUUCGUCAGGACUUUCCAAGCAGGCUCACUAUGAUUUUGGUCUCCGUGCGCUCAAGAGUGUGCUUGUCAGCUCUGGUGGGCUGAAGCGUGCUCGCCUCGCUCAUCAACAAGAUACUACAACACUGGAUGAAGAAGGCAUGGAGCCCCAGAUUAUCAUUCAGAGUUUGCGCGAGACCAUUGCACCAAAGCUCAUCCGUUCUGAUGUCGAGCUUUUGAUGGCGAUCCAGGAAGAGUCAUUCCCUGGUGUUCAGUACAUUCCUGCUCCUCUCGACAAGCUGACUGAAGCGAUCCACAAGUGCGCUGCCGAGUCCAAGCUUGUUGUCAGUGACGCAUGGAUGACAAAGAUUGUCCAAUUGUACCAGAUCCAGAAAUUGCAUCACGGUGUCAUGAUGGUCGGAUCUUCCGGUUCUGGAAAGUCUGCAGCUUGGAGGACACUUCUCUCCGCUCUGCAGGCUGUAGAGGGCGUUGAGGGUGUCUGCCACGUUAUUGACCCCAAGGUCAUGUCCAAGGAGCAGCUUUAUGGAACGCUCGACAGUACCACGCGUGAGUGGACAGACGGUCUUUUCACUAGCAUUCUCCGCAAGAUCGUAGACAACCUUCGUGGUGAAGACAGCAAGCGUCACUGGAUCGUAUUCGACGGUGAUGUUGACCCAGAAUGGGUUGAGAACUUGAACUCCGUGCUCGAUGACAACAAGCUUCUCACGCUGCCGAACGGAGAACGUCUAAACCUUCCGUCCAAUGUCCGCAUCAUGUUCGAAGUCGAGACUCUCAAGUACGCUACGCUUGCUACAGUCUCUCGUUGCGGUAUGGUCUGGUUCAGUGACGACACUGUCGAGGUAGACAUGAUGAUCAAGAACUACAUUGAGCAUCUCAAGACUGUGCCGUUUGAGGAUAUCGAGGAUGACUCGGUUGCGCCUGGACAGAUGUCGCAGAAGACUCUUACCACACAAGGAGUCAUCGCCGACUUCCUACACAUCAAGCUUACUCAAGACCGCUUCAUUGAAAAGGCUCUCAGUAUGGCCAGGAAAUUCAAGCACAUCAUGGAGUACACUGACAUCCGUGCACUCAACACGCUGUUCUCGUUACUCAACAAGGCUUGCCGCAAUGUGCUUGAGUACAAUGUGCAGCACCCAGACUUCUCUCUUGAAGACGACAAGAUGGAGACAUAUCUCGCCAAGAAGCUGCUUGUCGCUCUGGUCUGGGCAUUGGUUGGUGACUGUCCUCUCAGGGAGCGUAAAGAGUUCGGUGACCUUAUCGCUGGUCUUACCGAUGUCGAGCUUCCUACUCUUAACGAGACCACUUCGCUCAUCGACUAUGAUGUCAAGCCUGACAGACCCGAGUGGGACACAUGGCAGAGCCAGGUACCCAACGUCGAAGUCAACACUCACUCUGUUACUCAGACGGAUGUGGUUAUUCCUACCCUUGAUACUGUUCGUCACGAGGAUGUUCUUUACUCCUGGCUCGCAGAACACAAGCCAUUGCUGCUUUGUGGUCCUCCAGGUUCCGGAAAGACUAUGACCUUAUUCAGUGCACUCCGCAAGCUCCCCAAUAUGCAGGUCGUGGGUCUCAACUUCUCCAGUGCGACCACACCAGAUCUCCUUAUCAAGACGUUCGAGCAGUACUGCGAGUACAAGAAGACUCUCAAUGGUGUUCAGCUUACUCCUACCCAAGUUGGUCGUUGGCUGGUCAUUUUCUGCGACGAGAUCAACUUGCCUGCGCCAGAUAAGUAUGGUACGCAGCGAGCUAUUUCUUUCCUCCGGCAGCUUGUUGAGCACAAUGGUUUCUGGAGGACUUCAGACAAGACCUGGGUUACUCUUGAUCGCAUCCAAUUCGUCGGUGCUUGUAACCCUCCAACCGACGCUGGUCGUACGCCCAUGGGUCUCCGCUUCCUGCGCCACGCUCCCCUCAUCAUGGUUGAUUAUCCAGGAGAGCAGUCACUUCUUCAAAUUUACGGUACCUUCAACACUGCGGUGCUUAAGAUCAUUCCCACACUGCGUGGUUAUGCCGACGCCCUCACUAAGGCAAUGGUUCAGCUCUAUAGCGAGUCUCAAAAGCGCUUUACGCCCGAUAUCCAACCUCAUUAUGUUUACUCACCUCGUGAGCUUACUCGAUGGGUUCGUGGUAUCUAUGAGGCACUUCGACCACUCGAGACUCUCCCUGUAGAGGGCCUUGUUAGGAUCUGGGCACACGAAGCCUUGCGCUUGUUCCAGGAUCGUCUUAUCGCAGAAGAAGAGAGGAAAUGGACUGAAGAGUGUGUCCACCGCGUUGCUACCGAGCAUUUCCCCACAAUCGACGAGGAGAAGGCUCUCGGAGGCCCCAUUCUGUUCUCCAACUGGCUUUCUAAGAACUACGUGCCAGUUGAGCGUGAACAACUCCGUGAGUUUGUCAAGGCCCGAUUGCGUACUUUCUGUGAGGAAGAAGUCGAUGUUCCUCUCAUUCUCUUCAACGAUGUGCUUGAGCACGUACUACGCAUUGAUCGUGUUUUCCGUCAACCACAGGGUCAUCUUAUCCUUAUCGGUGUUAGUGGAUCUGGUAAGACCACUCUAUCACGUUUCGUCGCCUGGAUGAACGGUCUGAGUGUCUACCAGAUCAAGGUUCACGGCAAAUACUCUGGCGAUGAUUUCGACGAAGAUUUGCGUACUGUGCUCCGACGCUGCGGUUGCAAGGGCGAGAAGAUUUGCUUCAUCAUGGACGAAGCUAAUGUCCUUGACUCUGGUUUCCUCGAACGCAUGAAUACACUUCUUGCCAACGCCGAGGUUCCUGGUUUGUUUGAGGGUGAUGAGUACGCCUCUUUGCUUACCGCCAUUAAGGAAGGUGCCCAGCGCCAGGGUAUCAUUCUCGACUCUCAGGACGAAUUGUACAAAUGGUUCACGGAGCAGAUUGUCAAGAACCUCCACGUUGUUUUCACCAUGAACCCUCCAGAAGGAAGUCUGUCUUCAAAGGCUGCAACGAGUCCUGCGCUUUUCAACCGUUGCGUGCUCAACUGGUUCGGAGACUGGUCCGAUCAAGCACUCUACCAGGUUGGCUCCGAACUCACACAGUCUGUUGACUUGGAUCGCACAAACUACACCGCUCCGGAUAGUAUCCCUGUUGCCUACCGCGGACUUACUCUACCACCAUCUCACAGGGAGAGUGUGGUUAAUGCCAUGGUCGCUGUACACCACUCGCUCCGAAGCAAGAACGCGAAGUUGCAGAAGACGCAAAAUCGCAAGAUGUAUCUCACACCACGACACUUCCUAGACUUCGUCGCUCAAUACGUCAAGCUGUACAACGAGAAGCGUGAAGAUCUAGAAGAACAACAACGUCAUCUUAACGUCGGUCUAGAGAAACUUCGCGAGACAUUUGACAAGGUCAAGGAACUCCGAGCAAGCCUGGCAGAGAAACAAACGCAAUUGACCAAGAAGGAUGCUGAAGCAAACGAGAAGCUGCAGCAGCAAAAGAAGGCAGGGUCGAUCAAGAUGCAAGCUAGACUUGCCAAGGACAAGGAGGAGAUUCAAAAGCGACAAGAGGUGGUCAAUACUGAUUUGGCGGCAGCUGAACCCGCUGUCAUUGAGGCGCAGAAGAGUGUGCAGAACAUCAAGCGCCAGCAUCUUACCGAAGUCAGAUCCAUGCAGAACCCUCCCGCUGGUGUCAAGCUUGCGCUUGAAGCUGUGUGCACGAUUCUUGGCCACAAGCCCGACAGCUGGAAGACCAUUGUCUCCAUUGUCAGGCGCGACGAUUUUAUCGCCAGUAUCGUGACAUUCGACAACGAGAGGCAGAUGACUGCUGCACACCGGAGGAAGAUGCAGAACGAGUACUUAUCCAAGGAGGAGUUUACAUUCGAGAAAGUUAACCGCGCUUCCAAGGCUUGCGGUCCCCUCGUGCAAUGGGUAUCCGCGCAAGUUACCUACUCCGACAUUCUCGACCGUGUCGGACCCCUACGUGCUGAGGUCGACAACUUGCAGGUUGAACUACAGAAGACGGAAGAGGGCGCCAAAGAGACCCAAAUCCUUAUCCAAAACCUCGAGGAGAGUAUCGGACGUUACAAGACCGAGUAUGCAGCCUUGAUCAGCGAAACACAAGCCAUCAAGACCGAAAUGUCGACUGUCCAGUUCAAGGUUGACCGCAGUGUGCGACUUCUUGACAGUUUGUCAUCUGAGCGUACUCGAUGGGAGGAGAGCAGCAAGUCGUUCGAUUCUCAAAUCGAUACCAUUGUUGGUGACGUUUUGGUUGCCGCGGCUUUCAUCGCAUAUGCUGGUUACUACGACCAGCAAUACCGAAAGGCGCUUACCGAGGACUGGUAUGAUCAUCUGAAGCAGUCUGGCAUCAGCUUCAAGCCAACAAAUCCAUUCACGGAAUAUCUAUCUACAGCUGAUGAUCGACUCAAUUGGCAACACAACGGUUUACCUGUUGAUGACCUUUGCACUGAGAACGCCAUCGUCCUGCAGCGUUUCAACCGUUACCCACUUAUCAUCGAUCCGUCUGGCAGGACUACCGAGUUCUUGCAGAACGAAUGCAAGGAGCGCCGCCUCACGGUCACCAGCUUCUUGGAUGAUUCGUUCACCAAGCAGCUCGAGAGUUCUCUGCGUUUCGGUAACCCUAUCUUGAUUCAAGAUGCCGAACAUCUGGACCCUAUCCUCAACCAUGUUCUCAACAAGGAGUAUCAGAAGACUGGAGGUCGUGUCCUCAUCCAACUUGGCAAGCAAGAGAUUGACUUUUCGCCGUCUUUCCGCUUAUACUUGUCUACUCGCGAUCCUUCUGCCAACUUCGCUCCCGAUAUUUGCAGUCGUACCACCUUUGUCAACUUUACAGUCACGCAGAGCAGCUUGCAAACCCAGACCCUUAACGAGGUUCUCAAGUCUGAGAGGCCUGAUGUCGAUGAGCGACGCUCGAAUCUCAUCAAGAUGCAGGGAGAGUUCGCAGUCCACCUUCGUCAACUCGAAAAGCGCUUGUUGCAGGCUCUCAAUGAGUCGCGCGGUAACAUUCUCGACGACGACCGCGUCAUCGAAACUCUCGAGACACUCAAGAAGGAAGCCAAGGAGAUUUCUGAGAAGGUCUCCGAGACCGCCGGCGUUAUGACUGAGGUUGAGAAUAUUACAAAGGAGUACACUGUUGUUGCUCGUUCUUGCUCGGCAAUCUUUGCUGUGCUAGAGCAACUUCACCACCUCAAUCACUUCUACCAGUUCUCACUUCAGUACUUUACACAGAUCUUCGAGGCGGUGUUGCGCAAGAUUCGCAACUCUUCCAUCACUGGACAUGCAGCCCGAAUUGAGCAGAUCGUUACUGAGCUCUUUGUUGAUGCUUACCGUCGUACUUCUCUGUCUUUGCUCCAGAAAGACCGUGUUACGUUCGCCAUGUUGCUUGUACAAGCAGCACCCUACAAGAUGGACAAGACGCACAUUGACCAGGUUCUCGACCCCGAUCUUAAGGGCAUUGAUGUGUCGACCGAAAUAGACCGCAAAGCAGAGGCCAUGGAGCGUGCAAGCAAGAUUCCGAUUUUCAAGGAUGUGCUCGAGAAGAUUGACGAGAGCGCGUGGGAUGCAUUCCUCAACGAAGAAAUGGGAGAGCGACAUGUGCCGCAGGCUUGGCCGGAAGAUCUUACCAAGUUCGACCAGCUCCUGCGAGCUCUCAUUCUCGUCAAGCUGUUCCGUGUUGACCGCUUUGUUCCCGCUGUGGAGCGAUUUGUCACUGAGGUCUUUGGCAAGGGUAUUCUCGAUGCCAGCGGUGACUUGGGUGAUAUUGUCAAGCAAGUCAACGCCGUCACCCCAGUUGCUCUCAGCUCCAGUCCUGGCUUCGACGCCAGUUACAAGGUCGACAACCUUGUCGAAAGAGAGCAAGUCAGCUGCUCCAAUAUUGCAAUGGGUUCCAACGAAGGUGCCGCCGCAGCAGAUAAGGCUAUCGCCAAUGCCGCUACUACCGGUAACUGGGUACUUGUCAAGAACGUCCAUCUCACACCUCAGUGGCUACAAUCGCUCGAGAAGCGUCUUGAGGCACUCAAGCCCAACCCUGACUUCCGUCUCUUCCUUUCCAUGGAGUCUAGUCCGAAGAUUCCCGUCAACUUGCUCCGAGCGUCGCGUGUUCUGUCAUACGAGCAGCCCGCUGGUGUGCGCGCCAACAUGAAGGAUUCCUUGUCAUCCUUGGCAGAGAAGGCAAUCAAGCCACCUGUGGAGAAGGCCCGUGUCUAUCUCCUAUUGUCUUUCUUGCAUGCGGUUAUCCAAGAGCGUCUGCGAUAUGCACCCACGUUGGGAUGGAAGGGCUUCUGGGAAUUCAACGACAGCGAUUACGAAUGCUGCAGCUUCAUCAUCGACACCUGGAUCGACACCGUUGCCCAAGGCCGUUCCAACAUUGCCCCAACCAAGAUCCCAUGGGAGAUGCUGCGCUAUCUCAUCACGGAAAUGUACGGUGGCAAGAUCGACAACACGGAGGAUUGGCACAUCCUCUCAUCUCUUGUCGACUCGUGCAUGACUCCCGCGGCGUUUGAGGACAACUUCAAGAUUGUCAAGGAGACGGAGCACAGUGAGGGUCUUGAGCUACCUACCUCGACUAGCUGGAAGGACUUCAUGGGCUGGGUCAAUGAUCUGCCUGAGCGCGAGCCACCGACAUACUUGGGUCUCCCGGCUAAUGCGGAGAAGUUGCUGCUUGUGGGCCAGGCGAAUGAUAUGGUGGGUGGAUUGAAGAAGGUGGUGGAGAUGUUGGAUGAGGGUGAGCAGAUUAUGGCUGAGGCAGAGUCGUAG